GUUAGAAGACGGCCUUGAUUGACCUAUAGGUAACGGAGAGGAAGGUGAUGGCAAUGACGACCUAUGCGUGUCAAUGAAACAUGAAUGUAUGGUGCUAUUUCACGGUUUGUACAUCUGACAGCCUCUGUGCCGUGUUUCAACUGUACGGAAAUUUUCUUUAAUGUUCACAAAUGAAAAGUGGGACAAAAUUGAUGCAUUAUACUCGGUUGAUGCAAUUUGCGGUUUUUUGGCUGUUAUUUGCCCCGGAUUUGAAAAUACAUACAAACAAAAAGAGAAUGAGACCCCACCUUAUUAUUGGCCUUUAGAAGAAGGAGUUGGACAUUUUUCACAAUGGUCAAAAAGUACAAAGAGACAAUUCGUUGAUGAGAUCAGGCUAGGAAAAGCAUCUGAAUGGGUUGUCGUGAUGGGUAAUGAAGGUGGUGAUUUAGAUAGUAUGACUGCAGCUUUGACUUGGUCUUAUCAUCUUUCUCAUUUAGCAUUAAAUACAACACAUACAUUAUCACAGCCAGAUCCAAAUCAUCCGCCUCAUCCGAAAAAAGCAAUCGCACUUUUGCAAACUCCGCGUGAUGCUUUGGACUUGAGACCGGAAAACAAAUUGGCUUUGCGGAAUGUACAAAUGUCACCGGGUCAUCGGGAUUUGCUAACGAUUGACGAAUUACCGCUACCGGCCGAAGAACUUGCCAAGCAACUCAAAGGGAUCGUAUUGGUUGAUCAUCCACAACCACUAAGUGUAUGGGAAGGAGCACGAGUUUUGAGUAUUUUCGAUCAUCACAAAGAUCGAGGUAAUGCACCUGAUGCAAGACCAAGGAUAUUCGAAGGAACAGCUUCAUGCACAACAAUUGUAGCAAGAGAGAUGUUGAACGAGUUGGAGGAAUUACCAAAAGAAUAUCAUAUGCCACAUGAAGUUGUUGAAUUGAUCCUAGAUGCGAUCGCACUGGAUUCGGACGGAUUGAAGAAAGGAACGCCAGAAGACAAAUUCACCAGUAGAAGAUUGUUAAAGAGAAGCAAUUGGAAAUCGGAAAAGUUGCUUGAAGUGAUGGAUAGACUAGAUAACGAAAUGAAAAAGGCAAAGAAGGACUUAGAAGAUCUUGGUGUUCGAGACUUAUUAAGAAGAGAUUGGAAAGGUGAUAUCGUCAAGACAAAGUCGGAACGGUAUCCUGAAGUCCAUUUGGGACUGGCUUCUAUUCCAUAUUCCCUAGACGAUCAGAUCAAGCGAACACUGCACGAGACUACACAAUCGUGGUUUGAGAUUGAAGGACAAUGGACGAAAGAGAUCAAAGCGGAUAUCUCACUAAGCUUGAACAGCUACAAGUUGAUCAAGAAGAAAGUCGAGAAGGACGGUAAACAAAAAGUACGUGAAGUUUGUUUGGUCGUUCGUGCAAGUCAUCGAUUGGACGAAAAUUCAGCCACUAGCUUGUUCAACGCAAUCAAAGAGACGAUCGAUGAAUCACCAUUCAUCGAUGCUGAACCUUGGCAUAAAGUCGACGAGCUCGAACAAAGACAAAUGGUUUGGGUUCAUCAUGUUCCUAAUGGAGGUCGAAAACUCAUUCGUCCAAUCAUCGAGGAUGCCGUCAAGAAUUGGAAAUGA